AUGGUCGCGGUCACCCCGAUCCUGUGGUUGACAACCAUUAUUCUACUGAGCUUUGUCAGGGGAUCCAGCUCGGCUCGUCGCUUUGAUCGCCGCAGUGACCUUGACUAUAUCCCUCCCAUCAACGCCUCGGCCGCCGCUGGCUGGGCAGUCCCUCUCCAGGGCAGCAACACCUGCGACCCUCACAAAGCUUGUACGGAUUCACUAUCGCCUCCACCUUCGGGCAAGCCUCUUCAGUAUCUUGCAAUCGCGCGUGGCCUGUACAUGUACCUGUGCCCCGGUGGUGGUCCCAGGGAAGUCGCCAAGUUCCAAUCUCAAUCCACGCAACUUUACGAUGCAGCACCUCUUAUUCAGAAUCUCCCCAACGAAGAAGCCUUCCACGCCCUACCCGCCAAACUCCACGACUUCGACUACGAGCAGCUGAAGAAUUCCACGCUGGAGUGCUUGGGAACCAUCGGAACUGUCAACGACACAGCCAUCGUCACCCUUUUCGACAUUGCAACGUUCGAGGCCCUCCCGUAUGAAUCUGUGCUGCCGCCCGAUGACCCUGGGAGCAAUGGCAGGUGGACACAUUCAGUCAGCCCCAAGAGGGAUUGGGAUAUCUACCGAGUUGAAGUUGCGGGAGGCACUCCGCCUAUUUGUGACAAUACACAAUUCAUGGCUGAAGAAGAAUACACGGCAGAAUACUGGUUCUUUUACUCCGGGGGAGAAGAUCUGUGGACACCAAACAAUAUCAAGAGAGAAGAACUAGUCGAUCCUAAAGAUAUGCCGGCUUUCAUAUGA